AUGCUUUCCAAAGGGCAUGCUCGAAGAUUAUCACCAGUUGAAAACUUCUUUGCAUUAGCUCAACGUCAAAAGCUAUACAAAAAUUUCACAAUGGUUGUUAAAUUCAAAAACAAAAUCAAUAACAAAGGUUUAUUAUAUCACGCUGUUAAAAAAAUCAUUUUCCAGAAUCCAUUGAUGGGGUGUACUGUCGUGAACACUGAUUAUUCAGACUUGGUUACACCAAAACCACAACAUGAUUAUAUCAAGAUCUUGGAUAAGCUAAAGUUUAAAGAUUUAUUCAUAGAUGGUGGAAAUGUCCCCAAAGAAGCAGCAAAGAGAAUGGAGUAUAUUAAUGAUAUCGUUCUACCAUAUGGCCAUGGUCAUCCAUUCUGGAAAUUGAUCAUCUUGGAUGAUUUCACAUUAGGAUACAUCUCAAAUCAUAUUUCAUCAGAUGGUAUAACUGCCAAAAACUUUUUCCAAGAUCUUCAACAUCAAUUGACCAAACUAUCUUCAACAAAUUCAAUCCCAGAGAUAGACUAUGAUAAUGAACUAAUCCUUGAUUAUCAAACAGACCAACAUCUUUUACCAACUUUACCACCUGCACUAGACUCAAUAAUUUCACACAAGCCACCACUUUGGUACUAUCCAGAAUUCUUAUAUACCAUGUACAAAAUCUCCAAAACUUGUGAAUUAAUCCAACCAACCAUCAAUCACGCACACCAUUACAAAUCAAUCAAGAUCCCACCUGAACAAUUAUCCCAAAUUCAAAAAAUGAUCAAGUCCAAUAAUGUGACAAUGACACCAUACCUUGAAACCGCGUGGUUAGUAUCCCAAAAGCAAAUAAACCUACUUGGAAACACAUCAAAUGUUGAUAUAAUUACAGCUGUGGAUACUCGUCAUUACAUCUCUAGUGAUGUUGACCGGGAAAAGUAUAGGUAUGGACUACAUGCGUGUUCUACACAUACGUAUUGGGAAAUUAUGAAUGAUUUUAAAUGGUCGUCUGUUCGUGAUGUUCACAAGUAUAUGAAAUGGGGGGUGAGUACAAAGAGAGCAUUGUUUAGGUUGGGGUUUAUAACAAGUGAUAAAUUGGCAAAUAAGCAUAAUUUGGAUGGGUUUUUCAAAGAUAAGUUAAAACAGGGGAAAAAGGGAAAUACAAUGUUUUCAAAUGUGGGUGUUGUGAAUAAUUCUAAUGGUGAAUUUGCAUUUGAGGAUGUUGUCUUUGCUCAACAUAUGAAUGGUACUUAUUUUAAAUUUUGCUUUUGUUGUGCUACGGAUUUGUUGAAUGGUGGCUUGAAUAUUGUUGUUAGUGUUCCUAAAUGUGAUAUAGAUGAGGAUGAAUUGGAUUUAUUGAUGAAACAGUUUGAGCAAAAUGUGAUUCAAGGUUGUAAAGAAUAG